CAUAGCGUGCACACAUGUUAGGACUCCUUUAUAUAUAGAUAUUCGCGGUACCAUUAGUGCCGGACAGUUGAAACAUUCGGCGCGAGAAUCUCGUCGCUCGGUGAUCCAUUCAAAUAAUCUUAGGAGAGGACUGUAGAGGAGAGGCUUGUUAUUCAAUCAUCUUGUGCAUUCGUAUAAGCCUCUGCGGAGUGUUACAUUUCAUGUUGAGAGCGACCACGAGAGGCAGAAGGAUCAACACGUGUCUUGAAAGCAGAAUCGGUGUUUUUCAGUGUUAUUUUAAGUGAAUUAUGAAAAUCUUUACGUUCCUCGGACUGUGCGGCCUUGUCGCGGCACAGAGCCGUGAAUAUCCUUAUGAAAAAUCCGAUUACCGAGAUGUCAAUGCUACUAGACGACGGAGCAAAAUCGCGGAACCUCGGAUAUCUCUGAAACUAGCCAAGGCCAUCAGCGCUGCUAGCACUAUUGACGAAUUUUUGAAUUUGGUCACCGACGGUCGGAAUCAGUCGAAGAACUUCCACUCUACCGACAGCUUCGAUGGCCUAGAACGAUCGAUGGGAGCUCUGACAAGAUCAGCAGGCUGCAUACCAGAAUUUAAAGCUGUUCGCAUCUACGAUGAAGUUCCAUCCGAACCAGAUAUCAUGUACUUUCCGGAGUGCGUUCGCAUCAACCGGUGUGGUGGAUGCUGCAGCCGGUUGCUCGAAUGCAAGCCAAGGAACGCUAGGAAAAAAAAUGUCGAAUUUGUCGUGUCAAAGAUACUUCCGAACGGGGAAAUCUUACCAUACGAGAAGAAAAUCGUGUCUCUUUUGGAACACAUCGAUUGCGAGUGCGAUUGCAAACUCAAGGCGAAGGAUUGUCCCCCUAAAGCGAAGUACUAUGAGGAUGAAUGUGAAUGCAAAUGCCAAAACGAGGAAGACGAACAGAAGUGUGCAAACGAGCAUCCAGUCAAGGAAUGGGACCAUACGACUUGCUCCUGUCACUGCAGAGAAGAGGAAAUUUGCAGCACAGGCAUGCAGCUCAAUCGGGAAACGUGCAGAUGCGAGAUGGAAUCAACUGCGAGAAGACAGACGGAAUCACCGAGACCGAUUUGGAGGGAUUAUCACGAUUUUGGUGAAUAUUCCGGACCUCGGCGAAGAGGUAACAAGGACGAUCCCGAAUACUAGUUGGAGUAAUGAGGACUGAUAGCUGCAUAAAAAUCAGUAGAUUUCUCGAUGGUAAUUGAAGACUCAUGAAGCAGGAGCGAUUCUUGGAAAAUAUCCAUUGAUCGUGCGCCCCACGCAGAAGUAUUGAUGAUGAAACUGGACAUGAAUUCCGAACUAAAAUUAUUACGUCGAGCUUCUUUCUUCAGCCAAUUUUGGCGCUCGCACUCCUUCCAACUUCAUUUUUCGCGUAUUUUCUUCCCAGAAAGUGAAGUACCGAAAUAUACUCGCAGAAUCUACCUCCAUUUCUGGAUGAUUCAUGCUGGUUCGAAUCGUCCGUCAAACCAAACAUAUCGAGGUGCCUGUGGCUGCAACUUUUUCUUUUUAGUUCCUUAAUGCGGUUCUUGAAACGACUACUAUUAUAACCUCCCAUGCUUCAAUAAGAUCAUGCGGAAAAAAUGCUUUCUAGUUGAUAUGUCAACAGACGAGAGUGAAUAAUCAAAAAAACGAAGUAAACAUGAAAGUACACAUUUCAAGACACGAGUACAUAACUCGAUUCUCCAACAGUCUCGUUUGUUUUCAAUGCUCAGGCUUGAAAUCAAAUUUUUUGUUUUUGGACUCAUAUUUUAACUUUAACUUUUCAUUGUACCAUGCCAAAAUGUAACUGAUAAAUUCACGACUCGUAUUUUCUCUUCGUUCAUAUUAUAAGGCUCUGUUAAUCUUUUUCAUGUUAUUUGAAAACUAAAAAAAACAUAUUUUUCUCUGCAACGUGCUCGUACUAUGAUUGUUAAAUUAGUGAUAUGAAUUUUCAGUUUGUAUAGUUGAUGUUUUGUAAAUAGAAAAUAAAAAAAAAAAGUUUUCCUCUUCCAUGUAAAUUUAUUCCACAGAAUUUCUCUAGUUCCAUUAAUUAAGUAAUUCGUUAAGUGAUCCAAGGAUUUCGGAGUGUCGAAAUGCAAUGUCAGAGAGCAAAUUAUAUUUUGUUGAUUUUCUUAUUCCAUUUUCUCCCCUCGAUACUGUAAUUUUUAAAUACACUCUGAAAUAAAAUCGACGAUCGAAAGAAACCCAAGCAAGGUAUCUUCAAGUUGAAAAAAUCCAAUGAGAUUUGUAAUAUUAAAGGAAAUUACAGAUAAGUGUAGCAUCAGUGCUGACUAUGAUGAAUUAUUAUCGACUGUCGAAACAAUAGAAUGGAUCGAACUGUAUAAAUUAAUCGACUGAGAAAUUGUAUUCGAACAAUGAUAAUAAAAUUAUUUUGUUUCGUUGA